UCGCUUCACGCCGGCCCAAGAUGGCGGCGGCGCUGGAGAGCCCGGCCAGCCGCUGACUACAAUAGAGGGAGGCGAAGGGGAGCGGGCGGCCCCCCCCCUCUCCUUCCCCAGCAGCGGCCCCCCCCCGGCCCGCACUCUCCGAGCGGCUACUCUAGCAUGGUGCGGGGCCGCCGCCGUCUCCUCCUGCUGCCGACAUGGGCGAGAGGCUGGAGCUCAGGCUGAAGUCGCCCGUGGGAGCCGAGCCGGCCGUUUACCCCUGGCCGCUGCCCGUCUAUGACAAACACCAUGAUGCUGCUCAUGAAAUCAUUGAGACAAUUCGGUGGGUCUGUGAAGAAAUCCCAGAUCUCAAGCUUGCUAUGGAAAAUUAUGUUUUAAUUGACUAUGAUACAAAAAGCUUUGAAAGCAUGCAGAGGCUUUGUGACAAAUACAACCGUGCCAUUGAUAGCAUUCAUCAGUUGUGGAAAGGAACUACCCAGCCCAUGAAACUGAACACUCGUCCCUCCAAUGGGCUCCUCCGUCACAUCUUGCAGCAAGUAUAUAACCACUCGGUGACAGACCCAGAGAAACUCAACAACUAUGAGCCCUUUUCCCCAGAGGUGUAUGGAGAGACUUCCUUUGAUCUAGUGGCCCAAAUGAUUGAUGAGAUUAAAAUGACUGAGGAUGACUUGUUUGUUGACUUGGGCAGUGGUGUGGGUCAGGUAGUGCUUCAAGUCGCUGCUGCCACAAACUGCAAACAUCACUAUGGUGUGGAGAAAGCUGAUAUUCCGGCCAAAUAUGCUGAGACGAUGGACAGAGAGUUCAGAAAGUGGAUGAAAUGGUAUGGGAAAAAACAUGCAGAAUACACACUGGAAAGAGGUGACUUCCUCUCCGAAGAAUGGAAAGAAAGAAUUGCAAACACAAGUGUUAUUUUUGUGAAUAAUUUUGCCUUUGGUCCUGAGGUGGAUCACCAACUGAAGGAGCGAUUUGCAAACAUGAAGGAAGGUGGCAGAAUCGUGUCCUCAAAGCCUUUUGCACCUCUAAACUUUAGAAUAAACAGUCGAAACUUGAGUGAUAUUGGCACUAUAAUGAGAGUUGUGGAGUUAUCACCACUGAAAGGGUCGGUUUCAUGGACCGGGAAACCAGUUUCUUACUACCUGCAUACUAUUGAUCGCACCAUACUUGAAAACUAUUUUUCUAGUCUCAAAAAUCCAAAACUCAGGGAGGAACAAGAGGCAGCUAGACGUCGUCAGCAAAGAGAAAACAAGAGCAACACAACUACUCCAACGAAGGUGCGAGAAAACAAGGAUUCUGGUGCUGAAGAAGAAAAAGUUGGGACAAAUGCAGUUAAAAAGACAUCUCCCUCCAAAGCACGCAAGAAGAAGCUGAGUAAGAAAGGAAGGAAAAUGGCAGGGCGGAAGCGAGGGCGUCCCAAGAAAAUGAACACCGCAAAUACAGAGCGCAAGACCAAGAAGAACCAAACUGCACUAGAGCUUCUGCAUGCUCAAACUGUGUCUCAGACACCCUCAUCCUCUCCUCAGGAUGCAUACAAGUCACCUCAUAGUCCAUAUUACCAACUACCUCCUAAAGUGCAACGGCAUUCAUCUAACCAACUGUUGGUGACUCCUACCCCACCUGCACUACAGAAGCUGCUAGACUCUUUUAAGAUCCAAUACAUGCAGUUCAUGGCGUACAUGAAAACUCCUCAGUACAAAGCAAACCUGCAACAGUUACUGGAGCAGGAAAAGGAAAAGAACGCUCAGUUGCUGGGGACAGCACAACAGUUAUUCACCCACUGCCAGGCACAGAAAGAGGAAAUUAAACGGCUCUUUCAGCAAAAGCUCGAUGAGUUGGGAGUUAAGGCUCUGACAUAUAAUGACCUGAUUCAGGCUCAGAAAGAGAUCUCUGCUCACAACCAGCAGCUGAAGGAACAGACAAAGCAGCUGGAGAAAGAUAACAGUGAACUCAGGAACCAGAGCUUGCAGCUGCUUAAAGCACGAUGUGAAGAACUGAAGUUGGAUUGGUCAACGCUGUCAUUGGAGAGCUUACUGAAGGAAAAGCAGGCACUGAAGAAUCAGAUUUCUGAGAAACAAAAGCACUGUUUGGAAUUGCAGAUCAGCAUUGUGGAGCUUGAGAAAAGUCAAAGGCAGCAGGAGCUCAUGCAGCUGAAAUCGUAUAUGCCUCCUGAUGAGUCUCUGUCGGUACAACUACGCAAUAAAAACCGUUUAAGCCGUGAGCCCGAGGCCGAUCAUGGCAGAUUCCAACUUGAGCUUGAGUGCUCUAAAUUUCCUAUGCCCCACAUCAAUGGCAUGAGCCCUGAACUGUCCAUGAAUGGCCAUGCUACUCCCUAUGAAAUUCAUAAUGCUCUUAGCAGGCCCUCUUCCAAGCAGAACACCCCUCAAUACAUGACCUCUCACCUGGACCAAGAAAUAAUUCCUUGCACCCCAAACCACAGCAGCAGACAGAAGGUGGACAAGACAGCAGGCUUGUCCUUACCUGAUUACACCAGGUUUUCCCCAGCUAAGAUAGCCCUAAGGAGACACUUGAAUCAGGACCAUGCAGUCAAUGGAAAAGCAACAACUAAUGAGAUACACCAGAGAGCUGACCAUGUAAAAGAGAAUGGCCUUACAUAUCCAAGCCCUGGCAUUUCAAAUGGCAUAAAGCUGAGCCCUCAGGAAACUCGGCCCUCUUCCCCAGCGGCCUUACCCAUUGCAGGCGAGAAGGUUUUGCGAGAGAGGACUUCUGCGAGUAAUGGAGAAACUAUCACCAGUCUACCUAUCAGUAUUCCUCUCAGCACGGUGCAGCCCAAUAAACUCCCUGUUAGUAUCCCUCUGGCCAGCGUAGUCCUACCUAGCCGUGUUGAGAAGGUGAGAAGCACACCUAGUCCAGUUCAUCAGAAUCGAGACUCGUCGUCAACACUUGAAAAACAGUAUGGUGCUAGUUCUCAUAAUGGCGUAAGCAAUGCUGCUGGAAAUAAGUCACUGGCUUUGGCUACCUCAGGUUUUUCAUAUUCUUCUGGCUCCAUGGCAGUUAAUGGAACACUUUCAAACAGCCCAGCCCACCUUAACCAUAGUGUUGAUCAGGCAUCUGUGGACGACCCCGGGAGUUUGUUUAACUCAGUAGGGUCUCGGAGCUCCACUCCACAAUACCCUUCUUUGCUAAUGAUGCAGUCACGGAACUCUGGGCAGAACUCCCCGGCUCACCAGCACUCAGCAAGCCCCAAGUUAAAUGGUGCCUCUCAGAGCAUGGUAGGGGUUCUGCAGUAUGUGGAUGCUCAGAAGAUGUUUACCGAAGGAACAAAGGGGGAACUUCAGCCUGAUGCCGCCUUUUCAGAUCCUGAGAACGAGGCCAAGAGAAGAAUCAUCUUCACAAUCUCUCCUAGUACAGGAAGUGUAAAACAGUCUCCUUCUAACAAGCACAGUCCCCUGACUGCAAGCAUUCGGAUGGACUGUGGCCAAGCAUACAUGCAGGAUGGGAAGAAACGAGGUCGAAGGAAGAGAUCCUCCACUGGGAAUCUAAACAUGAACUCUGGGGUGUCCCCUAAACGCAAAUCCUUACCAACUGUGGCUGGACUCUUUGCUCAGCCUUCAGGCUCACCGCUUAAUAUAAACUCAAUGGUCAAUAACAUUAAUCAGCCUUUAGAAAUAACGGCCAUUUCCUCCCCUGAAAACUCCCUGAAGAACUCUCCUCUUCCCUACCAGGACAAUGACCAGCCUCCAGUGUUGAAAAAAGAGAAGCCCCUGAUUCAGACCAACGGCGUUCGUUACUCGCCACUGACUUCGGAUGAAGAGCAGGGAUCGGAAGAUGAGCACAAUAGCACCAGAAUUGAGAGGAAAAUUGCAACGAUAUCAUUGGAAAGCAAAUCUCCACAGAAGGCUAUUGAAAAUGGUGGCAGUUUAGCUGGGAGGAGACAAGCACAAACCAGUGAGAACAUGAAUAGCAGUAAAUGGAAGUCUACCUUUUCACCAAUUUCUGACAUCAACCUGACCAAAACUACAGAUAGCCCAUUGCAGGCUGUUUCAUCUCUGAGCCAGAAUUCCCUGUUUGCCUUUAGGCCGUCCUCUGAGGAUGGCAUGGCCAUCGAUGCCAAACUUGCAGCACACACAAGGAAAAACAUCACCAUGUCCUCCUCUGGGAUGGACGGACUCAGCCCCAAUACAAACUCCGUUAAUGGAUCCAUGUAUAACGGUGGACUGACCACAGACAUCGGUUUACACAGCUUUAUUGAUGGUGCUUCUCUUCCUCAUAAGACUUCAGAUGUGACGACCCUCAACUCCUCUCUGGGUUUUCAGUCACAGAGGAGCAAAGAUGUGGGGAUUAUGGAGACAAACCCCUUUUUGAACAAGAGGCAGCUUGAAGGCCUAGGCAGCAUGAAAGGAGAAGACUUAAACCGGUCAGGAGUCAAAAGUAAAGAGAUCAGUGAAUUAACCAUUCGUCCAGGGGCUUCUUCUGAAAAAGGUUCCUUGCAGCACAAUGGCAAGGUCGGCAAAGGACGGGACCGUGAUGUGGAGUUUAAAAAUGGCCACAACCUUUUCAUUUCUGCUGCUGCUGUAUCUUCUGGUGGCCUUCUUAAUGGCAAAAGCCUUUCCACUGGUGUCUCAUCUGCAGGCAACCCAGCACCUUCUGUUCAGACGCACCAUCCUUUCUUAAACACAUUGACCACUGCAUCGCAGUUCCCCCUGGGCCCCAUGGCUUUGCAGGCAAACCUCAACUCGGUCACAAACUCCUCAGUAUUGCAGUCCUUAUUUAAUUCAAUGCCAGCUGCUGCCAGUCUGGUCCACGUGUCAUCAGCUGCAACCAGACUGACUAACUCUCAUGCUAUGGGGAACUUCUCUCCUGGGGUUACAGGUGGAACAGUUGGAGGUAACUAGGAUUUCUACCUCAACCCAAUGUGACCUAUGCAAGGACAACGUGGACCAACUUCACUCAGCUUCCACUGAAAGGUGCUCGCCUGGCCUGGCAGGGGUUUCUACUCUCUUACUACUGGACAAAGUAAACAAACAAACAAACAAAAGACCUAAAUAACAGAGAAAAUAUUCUACUGUGAAUCGGAGUUGAAAAAUAACUGCAAAGGAAAAUGCUUAAAAAAAGCUCCAGUUUGUAUUGUCGAUAGUUUAGAUAAAGUAUUUAUCUUUUUUUAAAAAUGAAAACAAUUUUGGCUUAUUUUAUUCCAUCUAAAGUCAUAAAAAACCACAACUCAUUGAAACCAUUCUCUGAAUAAUAAAGGACUGGCACACCAGCAGAGAUGUAAAGAGCCUCCUCUCGGUGCUAUUUCAUCCGUCAGAACUGUGCCUCUCUAGUUCAAAUCCUUGGUGCUGAAUUUGAGGGUUGACCAAUGCCAAACCCAGUUCUCAGAAAGGUCUGCUUUUAUUUAUUCAACUCACUCUGUUCAUAUACCAAAGUCCAUUGGUUUACAGCAAAGCAGGAGCUACAGAGAAUGGCAGUCUUUGGUUUUGGGUGGUGGUUGUUUUUAUUUUUAACAGAGCUUAUGGCUCAGUUAUCAGGCAUUUAAUAUUGUUUAUUACAAACAAGAAUGCAAUACUCCCCUCUGGAAUGGCAGCUAGAUUACUUGAUCUGACCCGUGCAAACUCAGCUGGUUCAGACAUUUUGAACAGAAGAAGCAUAACUUAAGUCUAGUCCUGUUAGACUACUUCACUGGGCCCAUUAAAGCCUCUGGUGGCGCUCAAGUCACUGUGAAUUUCAGUAGCUAGACUGUUAACUUGUUUUGGGGUGUCAUUUGGCAUAUGAACAGGGUGCAUAAUCACUGGUGUUGGUCAGGCCCUUUUUAACAAUAUCGGGAAGAUUGAAAACCGAGCUUCUAUGCUGGGGCAGAUAGCAGCAGAUUUGCUCAGCUUGUUUUUGUUGAAGUACAAUGUAUUUUGUUAGUAAGGUUUUGAUACUUGAUUCCGAAAUGGCUCAGCCUUGUACAUUUUACUGACUUCUAAGUGCAUUCGCUUUUGUAUUUCUUUGCUUUGAAUAGGUUUAAAUGGUAGUUCACAAAAACACCACAAUCUAGCUUAACUUGCUGCCACACUAUCAAACUGGUGCAUUUUGAAUUGUAUUGUGACUUGGUGUUCUGUGUACAGAAAAGUGUCGCUCCGAGCAGUGACCGUAUUUUAUAGACGUGAUGAAAAUUUAUAAAUUUCAUAAACUUUAUUCAGUUUAUUUUUUAGGUUGUGUGAUGCACAGUAAACUUGUAAAAAGUUUUUUAUUUAUUCAAGUGCACAAAACGGGGAGGAGGAUCCAUUAGUUCAUAAACAUCAGUCUGCAGCAUAGACUGGACCAAGCGCCAAUGAAGGAAACCACAGUAACAGAAGGGGAAUCACUACAGCAAAGUGACUUGAUUCAGAACACACUGGUGCUAAAGUGAAUCCGUGCAGGCCUAAGUUCUGUGUGGGGAGAUACGGUCGUAUUGCAUCAAAGGCACUGGUAGCCUCCAGCAAGCAGCCAUUCACUAUAGAGUUGAUCUCUCCCUUACCAACUCCCUAGUGUGGUUUCCCUUUGUCACAAACUGCUGGGCUUCGUGAAUCAGUGCCUAAUUGCACUUGGAGCAGGCCAAAUAUCUCUUCGCACUCUCCUGUGCUGUGCUUCCGUGGCUGGUUUGGUUGGUAUCUCCGUGAGUACUGUGCUGGUUCUGUGUGUCCAGAGGAGCUGAUGGAAGUGUUCUACUUUCCUAUUCUCACCAGCUCCCUCCUUUCCCCCAGGAGUGAAUUUGUUCUGGAAAUUUGCAGUACCCUGACUGACAAUGAACACCUUCAAUGUAUUUCAAAUUGGCUGCUUCCCUCUAGACCACAUAGCGGGCAAUGGCAUAGAAAUUAACAAGCUCGGUUACCCCCUCCACUCCUAAGUGUCUCAGCCUCUCCAAAAGGUGCCAUGUGUGCAGAAGCUAUUAAUGUAAUGUUGCUUUAUUAUUGAUCGCUAAAGGGACUGAUCCUUAUCCCUAAUCUCCAGGAAUAUUUUUAAUCAUUUUCUGGUUUGUGCAUGGGAGAGGAGAGGGAGGAGGUGAUGCAUCCAGCUGGAUUCCUAGCAGCAGGGAAAGAACCUAGAAAAGAAAGUAAUGCUCAGGGAGUGGCAGCUGAGAAACAUCCAGUAGCUUCUAGUGGAAGCCAUAUACAGUUAUGUCCUGGAAUCCAGGAAAACAUGUAACCCAGUUAUUGUUCAGGUGUGAAUUGGGCAACGCCAGCCUGAUCCAGAUCUUUGGGUAACGGAAAGGUGCAGGGCCUUCUCAGCAGUCUUAAUCUCAAUUAAAGGCAACAAAAUGCAAACUCAGUACCUUGGAGGAUUUAAAAAAAAGGUAGGUAGUGAAAUAGUGUAAACAACUGCUUAAGGGCCCGUAGCUUUACCCCGCUAUGUGUCUCAGUUACAUCCCUGAUUUAAGAGAUGGGUGGGAAAUGCAUGACAUCACUUGAGUCAGUCUGCUUUCACCAGAUAAUGAAUUCCCAUCCUGGCCAUGUGCAAUGGGAGCAAGACCUGCGGCACUUCCUAGCCAUUAUCCUCUUAAAGCACAUGGCCUCUUCAGCACUGUUGUUUUGCUAAAGGGUUUAAUGAGAGCCUUUGUUGUAUUGUGAGUUUCAAACAUGCUUCUGAGGGCAGUUGGCCCUGCAGGGAUUCCAGAGCUUCUCUGCCUUUGUUAGCUUCUUCCUUUAAAUUUGACUGUUGCAGCCUUCUGUGUUCUGUGCACCUUGCUUGCUUGCGGAUUUCGUCUUCCCACUAAUCUCAGCUGAAAUGGACUUCUGGGUAAGUGUCAGGCAGGCUGAUCCUGAUUCAGGGCAGAGUAAUGGGGCAGGCAAGGCUAUGAAAUUCUGUUGCUUCUCACCAAAAGGCCCCUUUUUCUCUAUGUUGCACCCUGGGAAUCUCCACUUUUCCACGGAGAAAUUGGGAAAUAGAUUUUUAAAGUUUUGGGGAGUCACAUGAUGCACCGGGGUCAGGCAAGAGACCUGGGUCUUACUCCCUGCUCUUUCACUUAUUCACUGUAAUCUUGGGCACAUUGGUUCAGCAUCUCCAUAUGUUUCCCCAUCUGUAAAACCAGGAGGAUACUUGUCUUGCUUUGAGAUCUCUGGGUGAAAAGCCCCACGUAAGCGUGAAGCAUUAGUAAUAAAGAUCUAAUCUGCAUGGCUGGAAAUUUAUGGAUAUUUGUGACCUUAGGAAGAAAGCUUAGUGCCAGAGCUGUGAGACCUGUUCUCAGUAACCUGAGGUGGUACUUUAUUUAUUUAAUAUUAUUUAAGCCAAAAUGUGAAGUGCAAGAAAGGAAUUCUUUCUGGUUUACACUUUCCUAUGCUUGGCCCAGUCAUUCUUCUACUGUCACAAAUGUUCCUUCUCAUUCACAUUGGUGCUGCUGGCAGGGGGACUCAUAAUGAAGCUAAAAUGCAUUUUGUAGCAUCUGCAUUGCCAAAAAAUCAAACUUCCUGAAUGUUGUGUUGAGCUAAGCCUGUGUGGCCCUUUGUGAAACAGGUGGGGGGUAGAUGUUUGCAGAUGCAGAGACAAGUUGUUACACACCACCAAAAAAGGGAAGAGUGCAUCUGCUCCAGUUGUCUGGUUUGCCUUUCCCAGCCCUUGGACAACAUCUUGGAGUGUCAGAAAGUUAGGAGAGCUCCCAAGGCAUUAAUUUAAAUUAGCUGUUUUCGGUGGAUUAGUCAUUCAGUAAGAAUUCUGAUAUGGGACAGUGCUACCUAUGGCUGAGGAAUCCAGAAAAUAGGCCACUUUCCCUUGUGUACAUGAGGGCUGCAUUGGAAUGGAACUGGAAACCUGGCUGUUGUUGACAUGGUUGACCUCUCUCAAAUCAGUUUCUGCCUGUAUUUCCUCAUCUGUAAAAUGGGGAUAAUGGCACUUGGCUGCUUUUUGUAAAGUGCAUUGAUCUUCCUGGGAAGGAUCAUAAAUACUAGAUAUUAAAUCUCGUCACUCAUUUAAGUGCAGGUUGCAGGAGUGAUGGUUUCCCCAAGUAUUUGGGGAAACUACCGGGCAGCAAAUUGUGGGGGAAGGGGAGGAGAAAGUGGGUUUGUUCCUAAAUGUGCUGAGUCAUUUGCUCCUCUCAAGUGGAGUUGGUUACGGGUUUGUAUGGAGGAUCCCAUAGCCUUCCAUUUAAAAAAAACAACCCUGAGACAGAUACAUGCAGCUCUCUUUAAAGCUUCCCAUAUGUAUGAACAUCAGAGAUGAUCCAUUGAGGGUGCCCUCUCUCCUUGAGAGAGGUGUUAUUGUUAGCAGUGCCACUCCCCUGCUUGUUUCCUCCCAAUUUGUUUAUAAUCUAGACUGUCAGGUGAACCAGGAAUUAAAGGCAACCGUUUUAGAAUUGCAUAUUAAAAGAAUUCAAACUUAGGUGAACUAUUGUGGUAGCACUUAGGGCCGCUGGUCGUAGAUCAGGUCCCCUUGUACUAGGUGCUGUAAGAGAGAGCGCUCCUGUCCCAAAGCACAAUCUACGUAUGAGAUGGCAGGUAGCACAAGAAGACAAUGAGACUUUCUAGUUGUUUCAGUUAUUCUUGCUCCCUUUACUGUGGGGAUAAAUAUCUGUUAGAACACAAAUUGCAUUCACCCCAUUGAUAAUUGGCUUUGUGAACAGUUUCAGUAGCGAGGCCAAGAAUUGGAGUGGGCUAUGUAGGCUGAAUUCCCCUCUGUAUAACAGUUGUGCAGGUAGGUACGUUGACUGGGGGUGGGGAGAAUCUUGUCCAAUGACUGCUUUUGCUGUCACUCGAGUUGUGCUUUCUGAAGUGAUUGUGCCUAUCGCUGGCCUGUGGAUAGACAAGAGUUUUAAAGCUCCCGUCCAUGCCAUCCUGUCGCACUUUCCCACCCCCAAAAUCACACGGCUUUGGUUUUAAAUUGGUGCAGUUAUUAAGGUGCCAGAGCCUGUUUUAAUAUAGUCAUGUUAGCUGCACAGCAGUGAGUGUCUCUGAACUCACUGAUUUGGGUAUUGGAGAAAGUCAUCUGAACCAGCAGAUUUCAGGCCCUCUUGUUAGAGGAGUGAAAACCAGCAUUUACGUUGCAUCUUUCAUCUACAGAUUCCAAAGUUCAAGCAGUUGCUUCAAAUUUGCUUGACAGAUGUGGCUGUUAGGCUAAGCGGCAUCUCGGGCCAUGCACACCUUUAGCUGGGUGUCGCUUGCAGUGGCCCACGUGCCUUAUCCUGCCUUUCUCUUGGCUGUGAAAGUUUGUGUCUACAUCUAGGAUGAAGUAAUUUUUGCUUCUGGGGAAAAUGGCAUCUGUUUAAAAAUGAUCAAAUGUCACGUGCCUCAGAAGAUUGGUUUUUAAGCACAGAAAUGGAGCUAAAAAUGGAUGGAGAGGCAGGGAAAAGAACAUCAUUUACACCCAAUCCUCCCUCCCUCAUUCCCCUUUGUACUGGAACUGAUGAAAUGAUGACAAAAAAUGGAGGGUAGAAGGAGAUGUAGCUGUAAAACUGUUUGCGAAAUGGAGGCAAGUUUUAUUCCUAUCUUGGGUGAUUCAGUCCUUUAUUGAUAGCUGGGUUUAUUUAAAGAAAGAUCCUUGUAGAGGAAAUCUGUAAUCCCUCCCUUCCACACCUUCCCUUUCUGGAGAAACUGACAAUAGCUCUGGUUAAAUAGGUGUUAGGGUAGGUGGGAAGGUGACACAGAGCCAACUGCUAGACUUUCACCUCUGGAGACCUGGGUUCAAAUCCUGCUUGGAUUGUGCAUUAAAGUAAAUUGGGUUUCAAUGAUGUUUGUUCCCAGCAUCCUGCCAUUUUGCUGAGAGUCCUAGGACCAGGAUAGCUGGAGUGUGUCAAGGCAGGGAACUGCAUUAACCACGCUGCGUCAGGGACAAUUUGUAAUGCCUGCCAUAUGCCGCGGUGUCUACUUACGUCUUGCUAAUGUGAAUGCUCAUUUGUGGGAACGCAGUCGCUUCCAGUUGUUUUCUUAAAGUCCAACAUACGCUUCCCUUCUCUCAAAAGUUCAUUCGUGGAGCCCAGUUCUUUGUGACAUCUAGGGAGACUCAGACAAUUUCCAAGGGUGUUGGUAAGAUGAAUUCAGGGUUCAAUCCCUCUCUCUAGAGUCAGCCAGGCAAAUUUUAAGAUUGACUUCAAUGAGAGCAGGAUUCCUCCCUGUGGUGUAGCUGGAGGGAUGGAUGAGAUAACUUCAGCACAAAGUGUGUGUGGUGUUUUUCUGCUAUGUCCCGGUCCUGCAAACACUGACUCCUCUACCAGGAGUAUCUCACUGGUAGUAAAUGCUAUGCCCCCAAGGAAGUGUUGGCAGGAUCAGACCCUUAAACUGCUCGUGUCUCAUCACUCUUCCUAUUUAUAUAUAGAUACAAUACACACACACACCAGUCUGCACAGCUGAAGGCUGCACCCCACCUUUCCCAUGGUUGCUGGAAUGGGGGAGGGAGAUGUCAAGAGCUGGGGCUUGCUGCAGUCUCCCAUAAGCUGCUGUUUUAGGGACACAUUUUCCCCUCACUGACUAGACUUCAGGCCUACAAUAAAAGCCACCCUCCACCCAUUCUGAAAAUGGUGCUAUUUUCCUCCCCAGGGACUAUCAAUACACUUGACAGUUUUCUUCACUGACCUGGAAGUAGCCUUAUUCAUUAGAGUCUAACCAGGAUUGCUAAGUAACUUCAGUCACAGGUGCUGCUCCCUGAAGAGCUGUAAUUAGCUUUCUAACUCUGUACUAGCUGUGAGGGCUCUUUUAGGAAUUUAUUGACCACAUAUAGUCAGUUUGCUUUCUGUAUUGAAAGCAACCCUUGUGUAUACCAGAGCUUGGAAGCAUGAACAUUUUGACACCCUUUUUCUUUAGAGGGAGUUCUCCUAAUUAAUACUCAUAGGUGGUUGCUGUUAAUAAUUCUGCUUCUCUUGUUAUGCCUGAGCCAAAAGCAUUAAGAGCACUGGUAGCUCAGAACGAUUAUUGCUUUCUAAUAAGAAAUGUAAACUGUACAGUGGACUGUAAAACCUUAACCUAUUUAAAUCACAGUUUGGGGAGAAAUCAGUAAGUGUUUUUGUGAACUAUCUCUGCAGCACUGAGGGAAAUCACAGUAGAUGAGGUUUUUUAAGUAUAAAUUUAGUCAGUAUAAAAGUAUCUGAUUUUUUUGUGUUAAUUCAAAUUCCCUUCCCCCGGUCCCCUGAACAAUUCCAUAGAUGACCUUUGUUUUUCACGAAUGAGUUGGAUUUACCUUUUUAUUAAAUUUUGUUCCAUAUUUUAUUUAUCCUUUUAUGCAUUAUAAAUAUCUGUUUAGACUGAAUAUUGCAAUACCAGAUGCUGUUGUUGUGGAACUUCAGGGCAUAAACCCAAUACUAAAAUGGCAAAUAUCCCUCCUGUCUAUUUAGUGCUUGUGACUGUCUCAAAGUCUUUUUAGUUUUCAUGCUUUAAUUUCAAUAUUAAAGAUGAGCUAACCACUUCCUAAAGGUUUGAAGAUGUUAAGCUGAAGUUCUCUCAAGUUUGACCCUGUGAUUCUAAGGUACAUCUGGUUGCUUUUCUGGUGCAGUGGAAUUGUCGUUUGGAAAGGUGAUAUUUCUGGUGUUAAUAAAGAGAAGGCAGAAUGGACUAAUCCAGCCUGCUUGGCUCCACCCUCCUGCCCCCCAAUAUAAAUUCUUGAAGUGGUCAGUUUUAAAUUAAAAACCAAUUCUUUAGGUCUCUGUUCUUUUUAAGAAAGCAUUUUAGGAGUGGGAGUCUGCCCUUGCUGGGUGGGACUGGACAGAGGAAUGCAAAUGAAGUUGCUGUUGCUCAGGAAUUGAUUAGUAAAACUUUUAACUACUAAUAAAAAUCCAUUUUUCAAUGGAUUUAAAACAAAAAAUACCCAUUUUCUUGCUUAAACAUGUGAUAUGGGAUGUUUCCUAGUGAAUAGGAAUUAGUUUAUACAUUUUAGCCUAUGAAAUUGAAUUAUUUAAAAUUCAAACUUCCCCUAAUUUAUCUUUAUUUGGUUUUUUUUAUACUGGUAUGUUGCCCUGUCAUUCUUCCAUAGAACUAGUGUGAAUUCUUCUGGUGUGUAUAUAUGUAUGUAAUAUUAUAUAUAUAUAUAUUAUAUAUAUAUUUUCCACCCACCCUUCUAAUUUCCACAAUGCAAGAAUUAGUUUUUUUCUCCCCUCCCUUCCACUUUAAUUUCUUGUCUUUUACCUUGAUUUGUAAUUGAAACAAUGCUUUGAAGUUUUGUCUUUAUAUUAAAAUGUAUGUAUUUUAAUACA